UGGUUGAGGCAGUCGCGAAACAAACACAUCGGAAGGGGGAUUCCGCUCGGACCACUUGCUUCCUUAGCUUGUUUUGCUUUCGAUCUGGUCAGUCGAAGGGUGUACGUUUAAGUUUUCGUUUUUGUUACGCAGGACCACACAUUUGGCAGACGAUAAAGUUUUAGCCCAUUUACCAGGGGGAUUUGUCGCAUUCGGACAACCUAUCUCGGAAGGCGAAUAGGAUCUUUUUGUCACAGGCCACCAUGCCGGUAGAGAGGAUGCGGAUGAGGCCCUGGUUGGAGGAGCAGAUCGACCGCGGCAUGAUACCGGGCCUGAAGUGGGUCAACAGAGAAAAAAAGAUCUUCCAGAUCCCCUGGAUGCACGCGGCCCGACACGGCUGGGACGUGGAGAAAGACGCACCUUUGUUCCGAAACUGGGCCAUCCACACAGGGAAAUAUCAGCCAGGAGUGGACAAACCAGACCCCAAGACAUGGAAAGCCAACUUCCGCUGCGCUAUGAACUCCCUGCCCGACAUCGAGGAAGUCAAGGACAAGAGCAUGAAGAAAGGGAGCAACGCCUUCAGGGUGUACAAAAUGCUGUCUCCCACCGAGAGGCCCACUAAGAAAGGAAAGAAGAGAGCGGAAAAAGAAGAAAAAAGCAAGAUGGAGCGCAGAGUCCCGGCAAAUGAGAACCCCAGGGGGGCAGCGGCCCGCGAGCAGGUGGUGGUGAAGAUGGAGGACAUGGUGGAUAGCACGGUGCUGACAGACAUAACUGACAAGGGGAGCUUAUCACUGGGAAUUGCAGUCAGCGAGCCCCCCUGCCCCGCCCCCCACAGCCCGCUGGAUGACAACCUGAUCAUCAGUGACCUGCCAGACGUCUGCCAGACCAUCGAAGUCACGACAGAGGACGAGGAGCAGUCAGUCAGCUCCAGCCACCCCUACCCCCUCCAGAUCUCUCCCAUUUCCUCAUACGGAGAGAGUGACACGGACAGCAUCCACAGCGAAGAGGACUCAAAAGAGGGCCUCCGGCUGUGGUCUUCGGGCCGGACAGAGGGGAAACGGCCGUUCGGUACCUCGGUGCUGAAGAUGCCCACCUGCACGCUGCCCGGCAUGGCCACUUUCGUCACCUCGGGGAAGACCAACUUCAAGGUGACCAGCAGCCGGGAGGAGUCGCCCCUCAUCGCCUACAACAGCACCCACUGGGGGCCCCUGUUCUCCUCCAUCCCGGCGCCGCCUCUCCCAACCUCCGCCACCCGCGCCCCCACUCACGAGAACCGCGCCAGCGUCAUCAUGAAGACCUCGGACGUCUCCAGCUCCACCGUCAAGACCUGCUGAUCCAGGCUCAGCCCAGCUAAAUCCGCUGAUCUUGGGUCAGCCCAUCGAGACCUGCUGAUGAGGGGGUCAGCCCAUCAAGAUCUGGUGAUCUGGGAUCAGCCAUUCAAACUGCUGAUUCAGAGUCAGCUGAUCCAUGUUCAGCCUUAGACCUGUUCUGGUGUCAGCCCACAAAUCUAUGGCUCCAUGGGAGGACAGAAACACUGGGCCUGAACUGGGGUCUUUUAUUUGGGAAGAGAGUUUGUCCCAUAAGAACCCCCCUGACCCCCCUCCCCUCCCCCACCUUAC